UCACUAUGUACAGCGCGCUACGGCUUCAGCUUUUUAUAUAAUUCCGCUUUCCUGUCUCAAACUUGCAAAGCUGCGAAGCUUCUGCAGAAUAGAAAUGGACUUGUCUCGCCGAAGAAUGAGGCUUUAUUUAGAAUUUCUUUUAUUCAUUUCUUUGUUUCAGGUUUUAUUUAUUGGACCAGCGGUGAUUGCACAAACGACCAAUGAUGGACUAAGGCAGAGACAUUCUGAAGGAUAUUGUGCAAUGUAUGACAUUUGUGGAAAUCGAAGUGAUGGAAAAGUAUUGAACUGUCCCUAUGGUUCUCAAGCUGUAAAGCCAGAUGAGUUACUUUCAUCAAAGAUUCAAAGUUUGUGCCCGACUAUCACUGGAAAUGUUUGUUGUACAGAAGCUCAAUUUGCCACUCUCCGGACUCAAGUCCAGCAAGCAAUUCCUUUCCUUGUAGGCUGUCCAGCAUGCUUGAGAAACUUUUUGAAUCUGUUCUGUGAGCUUUCCUGCUCUCCAAACCAAAGUUUGUUCAUCAAUGUGACUUCUGUAGCCAAGGUAAAAAACAACUUGACUGUGGAUGGAAUUGACUUUUACAUAACAGAUGCAUUUGGUGAGGGGUUGUAUGAAUCUUGCAAGGAUGUCAAGUUUGGUACCAUGAAUACUCGUGCUCUGGAAUUUAUUGGUUCUGGUGCUAAAAAUUUUAAAGAGUGGUUUGCUUUUAUUGGUCGGCAAGCAGGGCUUAACUUGCCUGGUUCACCAUAUGCCAUUCAAUUCCAGCCAACUGCUCCUGAAUCAUCUGGGAUGAAACCUAUGAAUGUAUCUACUUAUUCCUGUGGAGAUGUUUCACUUGGUUGCUCUUGUGGUGAUUGCCCUUCAUCUCCUGUGUGCUCUAAUACAGCUCCACCUCUAUCCCAUAAAGGGGCUACAUGUUCAGUUCGAAUUGGAUUUCUUAAGGCGAAAUGUGUCGACUUAUCUUUAGCUAUCCUCUAUGUAGUUUUGGUUUCUAUGUUUUUUGGAUGGGGCUUGUUUCAUUGGACAAGAAAAAGGAGCAGGUCUUUUCGAAUGAAACCAUUUUUGAGUACAGCGGAUGGUGGUGCAUCUCAUUCUAUUAGUAGGCAAAAUGCUGAGAACCUCCCCAUGCAGAGGCUAGAAGAUGCUAAUCAAAGUAGCACUGGGGUUCAACUUUCUUUUGUGCAAGGAUAUAUUUCAAACUUUUACAGGAAAUAUGGACUAUGGGUUGCUAGAAAUCCAACCCUUGUAUUGAGCUUGUCAGUGGGAAUGAUUCUUCUACUUUGCUUGGGUCUAAUCCAUUUCAAGGUUGAAACACGGCCAGAGAAGCUAUGGGUAGGACCUGGGAGCAAAGCUGCAGAAGAGAAACGGUUUUUUGACAGCCAUCUAGCUCCAUUUUACAGAAUUCAGCAGCUAAUAUUAGCAACAAUUCCAGAUGCUUUGCAUGAUAAAUCACCCAGCAUUGUGACAGAGGAAAACAUUAAGUUAUUAUUUGAAAUUCAAAAGAGGAUUGAUGGAAUCCGGGCAAAUUAUUCUGGCUCAAUGAUAUCUUUUACAGAUAUUUGCAUGAAGCCAAUGGGGCAGGAUUGUGCCACACAAAGUGUUAUACAGUAUUUUAAAAUGGAUCCAAGUUAUGAUGCUGAUGAUCGACUGGAGCACGUAAAGUAUUGUUUUCAGCAUUAUACCUCUGCAGACUCAUGCAUGAGUGCUUUUAAAGCCCCACUAGAUCCAAGCACUGUAUUAGGAGGUUUUUCUGGGAGCAAUUAUAGUGAGGCUUCUGCAUUUAUAGUAACUUAUCCAGUAAACAAUGCUCUUGAUAAAGAAGGGAAUGAAACUCAAAAGGCAGUGGCUUGGGAGAAAGCCUUUAUUCAAUUAGCAAAGGAUGAGUUGUUGCCUAUGGUUCAAUCUAAAAAUUUGACGUUUUCUUUUUCGUCCGAAAGCUCCAUUGAGGAAGAGUUGAAAAGAGAAAGCACUGCAGAUGCUAUAACCAUAUUGAUAAGCUAUCUUGUGAUGUUUGCUUACAUAUCUCUGACUUUGGGUGAUACACCUCGAUUAGCUUCCUUUUACAUUUCAUCUAAGGUAUUGCUGGGCCUUUCUGGUGUUCUGCUUGUCAUGCUCUCAGUUCUUGGAUCAGUAGGAUUUUUCAGUGCUAUUGGAGUAAAAUCUACCCUAAUAAUAAUGGAAGUUAUUCCAUUUCUUGUUCUCGCAGUUGGGGUGGAUAAUAUGUGCAUAUUGGUGCAUGCUGUUAAGCGACAACCUUUGGACUUACCUCUAGAAGGAAGGAUAAGCAAUGCACUUGUGGAAGUUGGACCGUCCAUAACCCUUGCUAGUCUAUCUGAGGUUUUAGCAUUUGCGGUUGGAAGUUUCAUUCCUAUGCCAGCCUGCCGAGUAUUCUCCAUGUUUGCAGCACUGGCUGUUCUAUUGGACUUCCUUCUGCAGGUCACUGCUUUUGUUUCUCUGAUAGUUUUUGACUUUUUGCGAGCUGAGGGUAGAAGAGUUGAUUGUUUUCCAUGUAUAAAAGUAGCAUCGACAGAUGCUGGAUCUAAGAAAGGCGUUGGUGGGAGAAAACCUGGGCUACUGGCUCGAUACAUGAAGGAGGUACAUGCACCCAUUCUCAAUAUUUGGGGAGUGAAACUCUUAGUCGUUUCAGCUUUUGUUGCUUUUGCAUUGGCUAGCAUUGCAUUAUCCACCCGAACCGAGCCCGGUUUGGAUCAAAAGAUUGUUCUUCCCCGAGACUCGUAUCUUCAGGGCUAUUUCAAUAAUGUUUCAGAGUAUCUCAGAAUUGGACCACCGCUGUACUUUGUUGUGAAGAACUAUAAUUAUAGUUCAGAUUCAAUAGAUACGAGCCAGCUGUGCUCCAUCAGCCAAUGUAAUUCAGACUCUCUUUUAAAUGAGAUAGCAAGAGCAUCCUUGACACCAGAAUCAAGCUAUAUUGCUAAGCCAGCUGCUUCAUGGCUUGAUGAUUUUCUUGUAUGGAUAUCUCCAGAAGCAUUUGGUUGCUGUCGGAAGUUUACUAAUGGGAGUUAUUGUCCCCCUGAUGAUCAGCCUCCUUGUUGUGCUGCCAAUGAUAGUCCCUGUGGGCUGAGUGCAGCGUGCAAAGAUUGCACCACGUGCUUCCAUCACUCAGAUUUACAUAGUGGUCGCCCAUCUGCUGCCCAAUUUAAGGAGAAACUUCCAUGGUUCCUCAAUGCUUUGCCCUCUGCAGAUUGUUCUAAAGGCGGACACGGUGCUUACACUAGCAGUGUGGAACUGAAAGGCUAUGAAAAUGGUGUUAUUCAGGCAUCAUCAUUCCGUACCUACCAUACACCCCUCAAUAAGCAGAUUGAUUAUGUUAACUCAUUGAGAGCUGCUCGACAAUUUACUUCAAGGGUUUCAGAUUCUUUAAAGAUGGAAAUCUUCCCAUAUUCUGUGUUUUAUAUGUUCUUUGAGCAAUAUCUUGACAUAUGGAGGACUGCACUGAUCAACCUUACGAUAGCUAUUGGUGCAGUUUUUAUUGUUUGUUUAGUUAUUACAUGCAGUUUGUGGAGCUCAGCGAUCAUUUUGCUGGUGUUGGCAAUGAUUGUUGUCGAUCUUAUGGGUGUGAUGGCAAUUCUCGGAAUCCAACUGAAUGCAGUCUCUGUCGUUAAUCUUGUUAUGUCAGUGGGCAUUGCUGUUGAGUUCUGCGUGCAUAUAACACAUGCCUUUUCGGUAAGCAGCGGAAGUAAAGAUGAAAGGGUAAAGGAGGCUCUGGGUACGAUGGGAUCUUCUGUCUUCAGUGGAAUCACACUGACAAAGCUAGUUGGGGUGCUGGUUCUUUGCUUCUCAAGGACAGAAGUUUUUGUGGUGUAUUACUUCCAGAUGUACCUAGCGUUAGUACUUCUCGGUUUCUUACAUGGGCUUGUAUUUUUGCCGGUGGUUUUGAGCAUGUUUGGUCCACCGUCGAGAUGUGUGCAGGUUGAGAAGCAAGAAGGGCGGCCUCCAGUUUCAACGCAGCCCUAGUUUGAUGAUUUUCACACAAUUAAUAACUCUUUUUUGUCGAGAGUUAAAAUUCUAUUUCUGCCUUUCUGAUGUAGAAACUGCAUGUAAAACCAGAGCAAAAGGAAAGAGGGAAAAAAAAGAAUCAAACUCCCAUCCCAUCCCCAACAUGUAAAGCUUUGUUUAGAGAAAGAAAGGAGGGAAAAAGGAAUAGGAAAAUCAUAUAUAUAUAUCUAUAAAUAUUUAUAUAGCUUGCUUUGCUGUUGUCAAAUAUUCUAAUUAAUGUAGCUAAUGUAAGUUAACACUUUUGAUGGAAUGAUAAUAGUUUUGCACUCUUUAGAUUUUGACAUUUUGUAGCCGACGCGCGGAAUUUGGAGCAGUCCUUGUCUUAUCCUAUGUUAUGUAGUCUCGGUUUCCUUUUUAUUAAUUUAUUAUG